CUCAAGUACUGGGGCAUUAACGCGCCCGUCCCGGAACAACAAUUUCAAGACAGCCCACCAGCGGGUUAGCACAGGCAGGCAGGGUUGAUGAGACCAUGGUGAGUACUCUACAUAAGGUGUCGCAUUAGCUAUCCGACGUCCGUCCGCGAAUGCUGUCCCAACAGCGAUGAGAAGAAAAUCUGCGGGCGGGCUACAAGGCCUGUUAGACACCGUGGCGAGAGAGUACCAGGAGGCGGGCUGGGAGUCGCCGGCUAGUCCCGAGGAUGAAGAGCGACCUCGCCGCCCGGGCCCCGCGGUGCCUUCACAUCAGCCCGAUCGCCGUCGUGUCGAAGAGAGGAUAACCCAAAGCCCCGCCUCCUCUGGCGCCUCGGAUCCGGAGGAGAACAGAGUCGAUUUCUCUCCGACCAAUCGGAGCUCCAGCUUCGAUAUCAAGCGCCGCCGGAACGACGCCGGGGGCACGACGUCUUCAAGAAAGCGACGGCUACUUUCAUCAUCACAGCGCGAUGAUGAUAUAACAGCAGGCGAGCUGUCAACAACUCCAAGGUUGGACCCCGGUGCGCCAGAGGGAGAAGGAGGAGUGUCGCCUGCUGCCAACAGUGGCGGAGAAGAUCAGGAAGCUGGAACCGACGACGGGAGAAGAAAAACGGGCGGCUGCGAGUACGGAGGUUGCAGCCAGGCCACCAGCGGCGGGCGAAGGUUUUGCCGACGGCACGGAGAGGGACGCCGCUGCAAGACGCCGGGCUGUAUGAAGGUGGACGUGGGAGGGGGUAACUGCCGCAAGCACGGAGGGGGGAAGCGCUGUGGAGCUGAUGGCUGUAUGAAAACGGACGUGGGGGGCGGGUUCUGCGUGAGCCAUGGGGGGGGGAAGCGCUGCCAAGCGCAAGGGUGCCCGAAGGGCGCUCAGGCGGGAGGCGUGUUUUGCAAGUCCCAUGGCGGGGGAAGGCGAUGCCGGAUCGAAGGAUGCAUGACAAGCGCACAGAGCGGUGCAGACGUUCUCUGCAUCAGGCACGGCGGCGGCAAGCGGUGCAUGGUCCCCGGGUGCAAGAAGCUCGUCCGCAAGAACAACCGCUGCACGAAGCACGCUUCCGACGGCUCGUCUGGCGCGCGCGCCCCCCCGCGGCCGGCGGCGUCUGCUUCGUUGGCGGCGAAGGCGGCGAAAACAAAGGCCGCCAUAUCGGCAACGACCGCGGCACUGACGGAAGCUGUCGGAGUGCCACAGGUACCACCGGCGGCACGGCACCAACGCGCGGCGGCGUCGUUAGCGGGUCCCAAAAACCAGGUCUACUCGCCUUCCCCGACCAAACAUACAGCGCCGCCGUCGUCGCAGCGCGGGGCUAGGGCAACACCCGACCGGCCGCCCAGUCCUCGGGAGCGGCAUCAGUCGCCGCCCCUGCGGCCUCAUCGGCGUGUAGGAGCGGAGAGCGGCGGCGGCUUCGCCGCUGGUGGGCCGUUGCCAUCGAUGUCGUUGAUGGCAGCGAGGGAACCGUCGCCCAGCUUUGGUUUGGGAGGCGAUGUCCCUCCUCCCGGUGGGCUCUCUGCGCUCCGCGAACCGGCUUGCGGGGAAAGAGCUGUGCCUUCGGCUGUGGCGGCAGCAGCAGCUGGGCCGCUCUUGCAAGGGCAACAGCAGCUGCACGGUGCUGUCGGCCGGGCUGAAGACGGUAUCCCCCGGGGUCCGGAGGUUUUCUCGGCGGAUGGUAACCACCCUCAGCAUCCUCGAGGCAUGCCACAGCUUGCGGGCAUGGGUGCUAUCGGGCCAGGGUUGCGGAGGUUCGAUGGGAGGGACGGCUCCAGGGCGGCGCAGGCGGCGUCGAUGGGGACGGAGCCAUCUCACCACGCCUAUGCCGCGGUGGAUGGGGGUGGUCUGGAUCGCGAUCUGCUGCCGGGGGUGAUGGUAGCAAACGGGAGUGAAAGGGUUGGCAUGGCGAAUGGUUCGUGGAUGCCCUCGGAAAGGAUGGUAGGGCAGGCCCCCGCGCCGCCCUGCCGUGGCAGUCAAUUGUCGAAGGGAGCGAUCGAGAGGUCGCCGUCCGUGUCGCCCUUGCCUCCCUCGCUGCUCCUGCAGCUGCCGCCGCUGUUCUCGAUGCCGUUCUCGGCAUCGGCGACGGGUUCCCGCGAGGCUUGCGGCGGCGGCGGCCGCUGCGGCGGCAAAGUCGUCGAAGGCGGCGGCAAGAUCGUCGAAGGCGGGUCGAGAGACGCCGCCGGCAUAAACGGCAGAGAAAGCGCGACCUACGGCGGUGGUGAUAGUGACCAGGUUCCGUUGAAUGCACCCAACGCGCCGGCGUGGGAAAGAGGGGGGCUAGCUCCGACGAUGACACUGGCUCACCCGUCCGCCGCUAGGGCAUCGGACCUACAAGCAGCAGCCUCCACCUCCGCGGCGACUGUAUUUUCAAGCAAAAACGGUGGGCUGUCUACGUCGCAAGACGCCGCUCUUUCUGCUCGGCUGGUGGAGCCUAUACGCCCGCUACCCGCCGCCGCCUCCGCCGCCCCGCGUCAGGGGGCUUCGUGUUGUGGAGGGCGAAAGUCCACCGCCUCCGGCGGCGGCGGUGGGAAAGCAGCGGCGGCGGCCGGGGAUAAGGCGCCGGAGAGGACGAGGGCGUGCUCGACCUCCCCCCCCGCGGAGCAGACGUCGUCGUUCAUCAGCCUGUCCGUCUCUGGCAUGAUGUGCAUGGAGAACUGCGGGCAGACGGUCCAGCAGGCGCUCAAGAAGGUCCCGGGCGUCCUGAGCGUGACGAUUCAUUUCCCUACGAGGACGGCCUCGAUCAAGGUCGACACUGAGGCGAACGUGACGCUCGGAGACCUGACGUCGGCCCUUGACGCGAUCGGUUUUGACUCGAGCUGCGUGGCGACCACGACCGCGCAGGAGCCGACCCUCGAGCAGGACGGGGUGAACGCCGUUUGGGCCAUCGCCAAUGCCCUAGGUGAGAGUGGCUGGCGAUAG